AUGAAGAAAGCCUUUAUUACUUACCCUUCUUUAUUACUCUUCCUUCUUUAUUACUCUCUAUUACUCUCUAUUCUUUAUUACUCUUCCUUUUUUAUUACUCUCUAUUCUUUAUUACACUUUCUUCUUUAUUACUCUUCCUUCUUUAUCACUCACUAUUCUUUAUUAUUUUCUCUUCUUUAUUACUCUUAUUGCUCUCCCUUCUUUAUUACUCUCUAUUCUUUAUCACUCUCCCUUCUUUAUUACUCUCUCGUCAUUAUUACUCUCCCUUCUUUAUUACUCACUCUUCUUUAUUAUUCUAUCUUCUUUAUUACUCUUCCUUCUUUAUUAUUCACUUUCUUUAUUAAUCUCGCUUCUUUAUUACUCUCCUUUAUUACUCUCAACUUGUUUUACUUUUCUUUCUUUAUUACUCUCUCUUCUUUAUUAGCCUCUCUUCUUUAUUACUCUCUCUUCUUUAUUAGCCUCUCUUCUUUAUUACUCUUUCUUCUUUAUCACUCUCACUUUUUUAUUACUCCCUGUCUACAUUACUCUUCAUUCUUUAUUACUGUCUAUUCUUUACUACUCUUCCUUUUUUAUUACUCUUCCUUCUUCAUUAACGUUGUUGUUGUCUUUGUUGUUUUUGACGUUCUUCUUCUUAUUAUUAUUAUUAUUAUUAUUAUUAUCAUCAUCAUCCUCUUCCUCCUCCUCCUCCUCCUUCUUCUUCUUCUUCUUCUUGCUUGUCUACUUUUGUUUUGCCAUAUCUUUCUUUCAUUCCCUGAAUUUUUUUCUAUUUUGUCUGUUUCUCGUUUUUUGACAUUCGUUUUUUUCUUUGUUUCGUUUUUCUUUCUUUUUUUCUUUCUUCUUCUUCUUCUUCUUCUUCUUCUUCUUCUUCUUCUUUAUUGUAUAUUGACUAUUCUUCAUCCAUAUCUUUCUUUCUCAUCCUUUUUCCCUUGUGAUUUUCUGUUGCAUUUUCUUCCCUUUUCGCCUCUCUUUUUUUUCUGUCACUUUCUGUUUUGUUUCUUGAGCGUUUCUACAUUUUUUUUGUCCAUUUUCUUUUUUUAUAUAUUUCUUCCUUCUUUUCUUUCGUUCUUUCUUUUUAUUUCUUCUGUUUCUAUUCUAUUUCUCUUUUUCCUUUUUGCUUCAUUUUACUUUUUCCUUCUCUUUCUGUUUCACUUAUUAUCACUUUGUCUUUCUUUCUUCAUUUUUUGUUUUGUCGCAUCGGCUUGCAGCGAGCGUAACCGGCAUCCUCUUCUCCAUUCUCUCUUCAUCCUUUGUCAUCUAUCUAUCUAUCUAUCUAUCUAUCUAUCUAUCUGGACAUAUUUAUCUAUUUAUCUAUCUCAAUUUGUUCAUACUUAUCUAUCUAUCUAUCUAUCUAUCUAUCUAUCUAUCUAUCUCUCUCUCUCUCUCUCUCUCUCUCUCUCUAUAUAUAUAUAUAUAUAUAUAUAUAUAUAUAUAUAUAUAUAUAUAUCCAUUCAUAUUUAUCUAUCUCAAAUCUGUUCUAUCUAUAUCUAUCUAUCUAUCUAUCUAUCUAUCUAUCUAUGUCUGCUCAUACCUAUCUAUCUUCUAUCUGUCUGUUCAUAUCUAUCUAUCUAUCUAUGUAUCUCAUUUUGUUCGUAUCUAUAUCUCUAUCUUAAUCUGGACAUAUUUAUCAAUUUAUCUAUCUCAAUCUGUUCAUAUCUAUCUAUCUAUCUAUCUAUCUAUCUAUCUAUCUAUCUAUCUAUUCUUUCCCAGUGCGUUCAAACGCAUAUCUAUCUAUCUAUCUAUCUAUCUAUCUAUCUAUCUAUCUAUCUAAAUUCCUUUAUUCCCGUCUCUCAGAUCUGCUAG